AUGGACUCGCAACUGAACUCGACAAGCUCCCGACUGCAAUUUAUGGAUCUCUGGAAGAAACCGUCUUCGAGAUCUUCCGAGCAAUCCGACGAUGCUCCGGACGGUCGAAUCGCGCAUACGUUAACGGCCUGUACGAGAUGCAGACAGCGCAAAUCCAGAUGUGACCCGGGAGUCCCAAGAUGCGCCCCGUGCGAACGCAGCAAUGCUAAAUGCGUCUACUUCGACUCCUCACGAAAAUGCACCAUCCCUCGAACGUAUAUCGUUUCCCUGCGCGAAAAGGCACGCGCGUUGGAAAAGGAGUUGGCGGAGCUCGAGAAGGAUUUCCAACAUGCCGCCGACGCGGAAUUGAUGGUACGCGGGGCGGGUCGCAUCCGGUUCAAAGAGAACGACGAGUCGAGGUUCUUGGGCCCGUCGAGUGGCAUCGCAAUCACCCGCCUGGUCAUGGAAAUGGCCAAGCAAAAUACCGACUCGAAGAGCAUUAAAGAUGUCGUCCCGGAAUUGACUGCGCAGGAAAUCAAGCUGGCCUUCGAAGAAGAAAGCUCCAAGCCAACGUCAAAAGUAUAUCCCAUGAUCAGUUCGAUCCCUCAGCCCAAUCUGCCCGCACGGAAGUCGACCGAUCGACUUGUCGAUGUGUUUGUUGUCAAGGCACAAGCGAUGCUUCCGACGUUACACCUUCCGACGUUUCGCCAGGAGGUCGACAACGUCUUCAACGGCUCCGAUGAUCCUUGCGAGAAUUUCCAGUUGCGAAUGGUAAUCGCGAUUAGCAUGCAAAAGAUGGGUCCGAUAUAUGCAGGGCUGGCCGACAGCUAUUAUCUCGCAGCGCUGCCUUAUUUGGAGGCUUCUCUGAAACGCAUGGAUAUCAAAUCACUGCAGUGCCUAGUUCUUAUCGGACAAUAUUCUCUACUAACCCCCACGAGAACUGCCGCCUACUGGGUGGUUGGCAUGGCGGUCAAGCUAUGUCAGGAUUUAGGAUUGAUGGACGAAGAUUCGAUCACGCAACCUUGCGGUGGACAGAGACCCAACCCUCUGGAAAUUGACAUGCGGAGAAGGCUCUUCUGGAUUGUCACGUCGAUGGAAUUCGGUCUCUCUCACAGCCUUGGUCGUCCGAGCUGCUAUUCUGUCAACCACGAUUACAUGCGCGUCAAGUUCUUCGAACUGGUGGACGACGACUGUAUCACACCGGAGGGCAUUCUUCCGGGGACCCCCAAACUCGCCAAAUGUAUCGCGAUUCAUUUUUUCAAAAUGCGACUGCUCCAGGCGGAGAUUAGACGGACUCUCUAUCUAAACAAACGCGAUACACCCACCGACGAUCAAGACCCGUGGUUUUCCCAGAUGCUCGACAAACUUGAUCAUUGGGUAGCCUCCUGCCCCAAGAAUGACGGAGGGAGCGGCCUCAGUGAAACGUGGUUUCUUGGUCGGCGAAAUACAAUGAUCGUUUUCAUGUUCCGGCCCUCGCCUCAAGUACCCGAACCCUCGUUGUAUGCGGCGCGGCGGUGCUACGAAGCAUCGAUAUUCAACGUGGCAAUGCAGCGAGAGCAAAUCGCGACGGGAUCCGUUGAUCUGACGUGGAUCUUCACUCAAUCACUAUUUAUGGCCCUCAACACCGUUCUUUGGUCCCUUUCGUAUCCCGAAAUUCGCAAGGAGCACUCCAUCGAGGAAGUCCAACGUCACCUUGACAUAGCACUCGAUGGCAUAGUGCUUGCCGCGGAAAGAUGGCCGGGCGUUGAAUCGGCCUUGCUUCUCUACAAGAAUCUUGUAACCGCGUGUCUCAAGGCAUUCAACACUGACGAAUCGUUCGUCGUCCAAUCUCCCUCCAACCAUGCGACCCCCACGUCUUCUCAAGAUGUGACGAGCCCCCCGUCAAUCUCGAGCCCCGCAAGCACAACCACUUCAUUCCACUCCCAGAAUGCACGGGCGAGCAAGUGCUCGAAUCCCGACAGUUUGUCGUCGGGCACCUUGUCGCGAGGCCCGUCUGCAGAACCGGCGUACUCAUACACGCAGGCUUCACCCGCGUCCUCUACGACAGUCGAGUCGCUCAAGGCUCCGCAGUACACUUUGUGGGAGCCGCAGCUCCAGCGACCACAGCCGGCGCCGGCGCCCGCGCCGCCACUGCCACCCUCGUCCACCGCGACGCCCACUCCCUAUACCAGUCCCCCCUACAGUGAACCGGCCGCACCCUUUUCGGAGUUGCAAUUCGACCCGGCGACCCCGCACAAUCCGUUCCCAACCGUCAUUCCCCGCGUGCAAGGCUGGGACCCGAACUUCACGCUCGGCACCACGACUCCGGGCCAUCUGGCAUUUGUCGAGGCGCAGGUGGAUCCGAUGGACUGGAUGGACAUCAUUGGAAACCAAUAUUCGCAAUAUUUCAACGGCGCAUAUCCCACCCCGUCCUGGCGCGGACGCACUCUCAGCCAGCAGGAACAGAUCGAAUUGAUGGCCUCGUUGGAGCAGAACAUUCCGGACGUUUCCGCCCAGCUGAUGCGCGAGACGGGGACAUUUUAUCAGACCUAA